AUGCGUCUGGCGCUGGCAACAAUUCUCAUCGUGCUCCAGCAUGCGGCGCAGCUCCCGUGCCGGUCGGUGACGCGCGCGCCCCUUCCCGCCCCUCCCGCGCCCCUCGCCUCGCCCUCCUCCCGCGAAGACCUGGAGACCAUCAUCGCGCGCAACCGAGAAAUCACCGACCUGCUCAUACCGCUUCUCGAAGCCAACCUCGAAGCGAAAAGGCACGACCAGAACAAACGAAACGACCUACUCAAAGUCUUCCCCUACAAAAAUGCUAAAUCCAGAAAAAACCCCGUCGUCGAACUCCUACCGCUGUCCAAACGGAAGACCACAGAGCACAAAGCACCGUUAGCCCUCAUACUGGCCUCGGAACUGAGGCACAGCGGCAAGAAGGGAAGAAGGAAAGUUCAGAAAGCAUUUUUCAUCCAAAACGAGGAUAAGGUCAGCAGUUCAGAGGAAGAUUACGACUUUGACGUCAGAAAGAAAAGUAAACAUCAGAGAGUUUCAAAUAAAAAUGUACAUUCGGAGGAGGAUUCUGAUGAAAUUGAAAGCAAUCAUAGAACUAACCGUGUAUAUAAAAACCAACAUGUAAGUAAAGCCCGCACAUCUUAUAAAACCGAAACAGACGAAAAUGCUAGUAAAAAUAGUCACUCGGAAGACUCUAACGAAAGUGAGACGUCAGAACAUAAAGCUCAGAAAUAUAAUGAAAAGGAAACAAGUGAAGAACUUGAUGAAUAUGUGCAUAAAAAGAACCAAAGAAAUGAAAACAGUCACGAAAGAGCAAAUGAUGACGUCAGUGAAGAAUCUAAUGAAAGUGUCGAUUCCGAGAAAAAAGAACACUCAAAACAUGAAAGCAAACAAACCGAUCAGAGCUCAAGAUCUGAGAAUGAAUUUGUUAAUAAGUCGUCCAAUGAAAAGAAAACUUCUCAAACAAGUCAAGAACAUCAUGCUGAUAAAAGCAGUUCACAGGAGGAUGAUCAUAGUGAGAGUCGCGAAGUAGAAGAAAAACAUGGAACUGGUAGACAUAGUUCAUCUGAAUCUACGGAUUCAGGCAGUGUACAUUCCCACGAAAGAAAAUAUACGGAUGGUGUACAAAGCUCGAAGGAAAGUGACCUUCGUGGUGAGAGUAGUGAAGUAAAAGAAAGGUAUGGAAGUGAUGAAUCUACGUUAUCAGAAAAGUCUAGCCAUGAAAAAUCACGUAAAAUAAAACAUAAGAGUGACGGUGAAGAUGUAAGUGACUCAGAGGAAAAUCGACAAAGUAAACAUCAUGAUGAAGAAAAAGAAGAGCAUAGAAGUGGAGAAAUUAGUUCAUCAAACAUUGAUGAUAAUGAAUUUUCCUUCAAAAGAAAAUACAAGAAUGGAGGUGACGAUACAAGCGGUUCAAAGGAAAAUGAACAAAGGAAACUCCAUAGUGAGAGUAACGAAGAUAAAGAAAGGCAUGGAAGUGAUGAAUAUAAUUCUCCUGAAUACUUGGAUUCAGGCGAUGAAAGUAAAGAACGAAAACAUAAAAGUGAAGAAGAUGAUGACAAUCAGUCAGAUGAACAUCAAGAGUCCUCUGAUUAUUAUAACGAUGAAGACAAUGAUCUUCAUUCAGAGGAGUAUGAGGACGAUAAUGAUAACGUUACCAUUGAAAAUAACAGUAAAGCAAGUAAUAAAGAUUACAUAGAAGAUUUUGAGGAAUACGAAAGCCAUGAAAACGCCAGUGAAGGUGAUUUGAAAUCCAGUGAACAAUCCGUAGACAAACCAGAUGAGCCGACUCACGCAGAUACCUUGGAAGCCGACACUCCGUCCGUAGCUGAUGAUGACGUGAACAAAAUUGAAGUGAUCGACAACGGCAAUAAUACUAUCGAAAGUUUUGACUCAAAAACAUCUAAAAACGACUCAUAUGCUGAAAAACAUGUCACUUUAAGCGAAGAAAUAGCAGAAAAAUACGCAGAUAACUCCGAAUAUACAGUUGAAAACGACAAGUCUUUGGUAGAAACAUCUGAAGAACUCGCUAGAUUCAACGCCGAGUCCGUGGAAGGUUCGAUCGAAGUCCGGCGAAACGACGAGAAGAGCGAAGAAAAUAAAUGUAAAGAAAAGGAAAAUGUUGAAAGCAGACGUGGCGAAGAACCAGUGGUGAAAUCCAACCCCCACCAA